AUGCAGCUGCCGGCGCAGAAGCCCGUCCGUCUGCAGCAGUUUGACUCUCAGUGUCUGCAGCUGAUUGGUUCUGACAGGCCGCCCGACAAAGAUCCGCUGAAACCUCUCCAAACCAAUCAGGAGCGGGAAACUCAUCGAGAGCGUUUAAGAAACUGCAGAGUCGUGUUUUUAUUUCAUCUUCAGGAUCAUCUCAGUGUUCACACUCUGACCCUGACGGACGUCUCCAACCCCGAUAACCAUCGCAUGUACCCUCCCCGUGGCCUGAUGGCGAAGAGUGAAGAGCGUGAGAGCAGCGGCGGCGGCGUUGCGGUUCAUGCUGAUGAGCCGGUUCUAAUGAGAUAUCAGCCUCCUCUGGCUUUAGCCUCGGGACGAAUUCUCCGAAGGUUAAAAAAGCGGUUUCUCACAUUUUCAUUAAUCCUGAAACACAAAUUACAGUUUGUUAAUUUGCAUCAAGGCCUAACGCUGGUUUCUGCGGCGCUCUAA